AUGGCACUGGACUUCAUCGCACAACGGGAAAGUGGUGAACCUUCUUUGGAGCUUACCUUUUGGCGAAAAAGGCGUAGAAACGGCGAAACCUAUUUCCAGCACGUAUUGACCAAGUCUGAGGCUCCCGAGUGUCGAGAGGCGAGAGGGGGUAUCCUUGCAGACGACAUGGGGCUGGGCAAGUCGUUGACGAUGCUAUCGGCCAUCGCCAGCUCUCUUCAAGACGCAGAGACUUUUGCGAAACAGUCGUCAAACGUCCUGACGCCUUCGCGUGCAACCUUGAUCAUCAUCCCUUCCACAACUUUGAUCGACAAUUGGAUUGAUGAGAUUCGCACACAUACGUAUCCACACAAAAUCACAUUCCACAAACACCUUGGUGCGGAACGACAUGCAGAAACACACUUUCUUUUCGAAAAAGACGUUGUCUUCACCACUUAUGCCACAGCCUUGGAAGACACCAAGAGAAGUCCGUCGCCAUUAUCUCGAAUUCAUUGGUUCCGCAUCGUAUUGGAUGAAGCUCAUAAAAUACGCAAUCAGAAAACCAAGAUGUUCAAGGCAAUCCAAGAGCUUCCAGCACAUCGUCGUUGGUGUCUUACUGGGACGCCCAUACAGAAUCGUCUCGAAGAUCUGGGCAGUCUGGUCGCCUUCCUUCGACUCACAGAGCUGGCACGCAUAUCGACUUUUCGCACAUACAUCAUCACACCAACGCUGAAUGACGGGAGAAAUCAGUUCGCAAAUUUGCAGACAGUGCUGAGAACUAUCUGUCUCCGGCGAACCCGAGAAAUCCUUGGCUUACCUCAGCCGAUAGCCCACCCACGGUUAAUCAGAUUCUCCUACGAGGAACGUCGUCAGUAUACUGACCUAUACGAGCACUAUAAAAGACAGGUCCAGAUGGCCGUUAGCGGAAACGGCAGAUACGCUUCUACUACUCUUCAGUCUAUCCACGAACUGCGUCUCUUCUGCAAUAAUGGCCCAAGAAAGGUGCAAGAUGAGCUGUGUAAGUCAGACGAUGAGAUGCUCUCUUACCUGCUUCAGCUUGAGGAGAACGAAUGCGCCAAGUGCACGACCAGUAUCUUCUGCAUCGACAAGGUGGACGGUCGAGAUCAAGAACUCUCUAGUGCGGCAAAUGAAGUUGCGCCGUCUUACCCAUCCAAACUGAUCGCUCUUCUCGACGACAUAAAACAAGCGCCUAGGAACAAAUGUAUCGUCUUCUCUGGUUGGAAGAAAACUUUAGAUCUUACGGCUCAACUCCUCACUGGAGCUGGUUUGAAACAUGACAUGAUUCACGGAAGUCUAAGCUUGAAGCAGAGACUAAAAGUGCUAAUGGACUUCAAAUCUCCUAUGGGGGCGAAUAUCCUUCUGAUGACACUGGGUACGGGCGCAGAAGGGCUUAAUUUGACCGUGGCGACACACAUAUACUUGCUUGAGCCGCAAUGGAACCCUUUUGUUGAAUUGCAAGCGAUGGCAAGAGCGCAGCGUAUUGGACAGACCAGACAAGUGGUCUGCGUACGUUAUGUGACGGAAAGUACCAUUGAGCAGAGCGACAUACUGAAUCGGCAAAAAACGAAGACAAGACUCGCCGGUGGAGGUUUCAAAGAUCAGAACAUGAACGAUUCACUACAAUUCUUUGGUGUUAAUGCAACACACAUGCAAAAUAAUGCUGCGAAGUAUCGACGUCAUGCCUGA